AUGAGGUCAGCUUCUUCGAGCGCGGUUGUGGGAACAGAGCAGGCUUCAGAACUAAAGAAGCAAAUUUUUUGUACAAUCCUUAGGAACAGUGUUCUUACUGUUGUGUCCCCCAUAGCUGCUGUGCUGUCUGUGUCGCGCUAUUUGGCCUGCUGGAAACAGUGUGGAGAGUUAGAGAAUUAUAUCAGUUUGGGGCAUUUUCAAGAAGCGAAGGGACUUAGUUUUGCAAAUUUCAGGUCUUCCUUUCUCCUCAUUGUUUCAAAUUUUCUGUGCAGUCUGAUCUGUGGUUUUCUCUGUAAUCAUUGUUUGGGGGUUGCAUAUAUUCAAGAAGUAGGGGUUGCAUCCCUUACAAAUCAGGUUAUUUCUGAAAUUGUUGAAAGUUGCCGUGCACAUGACUACACAGAUGUUGUGUUGGUGCAUGAACAUCGUGGUAAACCUGAUGGUUUGAUUGUAUGCCACCUUCCAUAUGGACCAACAGCUUAUUUUCAACUAUGCAAUGUGGUUUCAAGACAUGACAUCAAGGACAAGAAAGCCAUGGGAACGGUGCCACAGGCUUAUCCACAUUUGAUAAUUAACAAUUUCACGACUAAGUUGGGUGAGCGGACUGCAAAUAUUUUAAAACAUCUUUUUCCAGUGCCAAAGCCAGAUACAAAACGCAUAAUCACUUUUUCGAAUGAGCAGGACUACAUUUCAUUCAGGCAUCAUAUUUAUGACAAGCCUGGAGGUCCUAAAUCCAUUGAGCUGAAGGAGAUUGGUCCGCGGUUUGAGUUGAAGCUUUUCAAGAUAAAGUUAGGAACAGUGGAUCAGAAUGAAGCCCAGAAUGAAUGGGUCCUCAAAUCGUACAUGAACACAGCCAGCAAGAAACAGAAUUUUAUAGGGAAUUGAUUCAUUUAAGUUUUUAGUUACAAUUUUGGUAAUCAGUCCUUUGUUAUCUCUUUUUUGGUUUGUUGAUACAAGCAUGUAUUCAUAACAACCU